AUGAUUCAAAAAGAUAUUGUCAAUUGCUUUUCAAAAAAGAUAAUCAAGUCUACUUGUGAUGAAAUUGGUAAAGAUGUGUUUGUUAUAUUAGUUGAUGAGUCUAGUGAUAUUCCCAAAAAAGAACAGAUGACUAUAGUUUUGAGAUAUAAUGAUAGACUUGGGAUUGUUAAGGAAAGAUUUAUUGGAGUUGUUCAUGUGUUGGAUAUAUCUUCUUUGACUCUUAAAGCUGCCAUCGAUACCGUAUUUACCGACCACAACUUGAGUAUGGCUCAGUUACUAGUUGUGGCGAUAGCAAAUAAACAUGAUGAUGUUGAAGAAUUCUUUGAAAAACUAGUUUUGAUGGUUAUUGCUGUUUGUGAAAGAGGGUUGAAUCAAGAGAUUUCUCUUGUUCGAGUUGGAGAUACUAGAUGCGGUUCACAUUAUAGAACAAUUUUAAGUUUGUUGAAUUUGUUUGCAGAAGUUGUUGCGGUCCUUAAAUAUGUCAAAGAUGAGAGGUCUACUUUAUGUAAUCGUAAUCGAGCAAAGGGUAUUUUUGUCAUAUUUCAAGAUACUUGA